UACGCAUUGUUCAGUAUAAAAGUGCACUGUCUCUGUCAAUGCAAUUUCAGAUUGCAUUUAGUACCGAACUGAACAUGAAAUCGAUCGCAUUGAGCCUGCUGGUCAUUGGCUGUCUUUUGGCUGUGGUUUUCGCUGUUCCUGGAAAGGUAAUUAUCAAUGGAGAGUGUACAGACUGCAUAGGACCCGAUGGACGUCCUAUUGGACAGACUCCACCUGUGGAACCUGCAUCGGCUGCUGUUACUCAGACUUUGACAUCGGGCGCUGUGAUUUUUGGACUUCUAUAUUAUUCAAUGGGUUUCUUACUGCGUAAUGUCGCGCACUAAAUUUUAUUGAACAGAUUGUAAUGAUGAUUACUUAAAACUGAAAAUAUUAAUUUAAAUAAAAUCAACAUUUUUAAUUAAAAUCUGGUAA